AUGGAGCCAGGGCUGCUGCAGGCCAGGUGGGCCGAGGGGACCAUCACCACCACUGCUGUCGGAAGAGGCAAACAGCUGGAGGGCUGCCUGGCAUUAUCUGCAGCAUCAGAAGUGGCCCAGAGUGAAUGGGUCCUCCUGAAACACCCAGGCUCUGCUGCCCCUGCCAACUCUACGCCCCCACCAAUCCCCUCCCCACCUUUUAGAAACUCUUUACAAGCUUUAAGAAACAAAUACCCUUUCUUGCAUCUGGACCCUGGCUGCUGCAGGUGUCCAGGGACCAUCCAUGGCUCUGGCCCGGAAAGCUGUACCUGCCCGAGGCCCUGGAAAGCUGAGAGCUCCUGGGAUGAGGAAACCCUGGGAACAACCUCAUCUCCCUCAGUGGCCAAGGAGGCCCCCCUCUUCAGCCUUGACACCCAGGCUGACACCCCCAACAUAGGACACUCAGAGAAGGACCCACAGGAGCUCAGAGUUCUGGACAGCUGUCCCCAGGCAGGGCCGGCAUAUGCUCAGCACGAAGGAGGCCUGACUGUAGCCGGGCUCCAGAAGGCGGCCGAGCCGGGGACUAAGUGCCUGAGCGUGCACAUAGGCUGGAUGAGGAGAGCUGCCAGGACACUCAAGCCCCCAGGAGCCCACCGAUACUUUUUAAAGAUAAUAAAUGACAAGGGCAGUUGGCUUCUUGAUUCUUUACACGUCAUGCCCACAGUCCAUUUGGAAGACUGUACUGUCUAA